GUUUAAUUUCAUGUAACGUUUAUAUUGGGGAGUACAUCUCUCCAAGUAAACUAGUGUAUGUUUUGUGUGUUGUGCGUAUUGGAAGUUUAGUAUUGUUUUUCUGUAGAGAUUAAUUAACAAUAGGAAACAAAAAUUCGACAGUUAUAUUCUGCUUUAAAAUAAUAUUAAUGACGAUAUGGGUGUCCCAGCAUUUUUUCGAUGGCUAAGCAAAAAAUAUCCUUCUGUAAUAGUGGAGUGCAUAGAACAAAAACCAAUAAACUCAAAUGGAGUAAAUGUUCCUGUCAAUACUGAAGAUCCAAAUCCAAAUGGAGUGGAAUUUGAUAAUCUGUAUUUGGAUAUGAAUGGAAUCAUUCAUCCAUGUACACAUCCAGUAGAUCAACCUGCUCCAAAGAAUGAGGAAGAAAUGAUGGAGGCUAUUUUUGAAUGCAUCGAUCGCUUAUUUCGCAUUGUAAGACCCAGGAAAUUACUUUAUAUGGCUAUAGAUGGAGUUGCACCGAGGGCUAAAAUGAAUCAGCAAAGAUCACGUCGUUUUCGUGCAUCCAAAGAAACAAGUGAAAAACUUAAUGAAAUAGAAAGAGUGCGUUCUGAAUUAGCUUCAAAAGGAGCUAUAUUACCACCAGAAAAACCAAAGGAAGAGCACUUCGAUAGUAAUUGCAUUACACCGGGUACACCAUUUAUGGCAAGGUUAUCAAAAUGCUUGCAUCAUUACAUACAUGAUCGUUUGAAUAAUGAUCCUGGUUGGAGAAAUAUAACGGUUAUAUUGAGUGAUGCCAAUGUUCCAGGAGAAGGAGAACAUAAAAUAAUGGAUUUUAUUAGAAAACAAAGAGCUCAACCCAACCAUGAUCCAAAUACGCAGCAUGUUUUAUGCGGUGCUGACGCUGACUUAAUUAUGUUGGGUCUUGCCACACAUGAACCUAAUUUUACUAUUAUUCGUGAAGAAUUUAAGCCGAAUAAACCAAAACCAUGUGAUAUAUGUGGUCAGUUGGGACACGAAAUGCAAGAAUGUACUGGUGCUGAACCUAAUCAAAAAGAAGAGGAGAAUACAUUUUCUGCUGAAUGCCAAUAUAUAUUUGUGCGAUUAAAUGUUUUAAGAGAAUAUUUGGAGAAAGAUUUGCAGAUGCCCAAUUUACCGUUUAAAUAUGAUUUUGAACGUGCCGUAGACGAUUGGGUUUUUAUGUGUUUUUUUGUAGGAAAUGAUUUUUUACCUCAUCUUCCGUCAUUAGAAAUUAGAGAAGGAGCCAUUGAUAGACUUGUAAAUUUGUACAAAAAAGCUGUGUAUAAAACAGGAGGAUUCAUAACGGAUAGUGGUGACGUUAACUUAGAUAGAGUGCAGUUGAUUAUGUCUGAACUUGGUGAAGCAGAAGAUGAAAUUUUUAAGAAAAGACAACAAAAUGAAUUGGCUUUUAAACAACGUGAAAAAGAUAAGAAAAAGAGAUUAAAAGCACUUAGCAAUUAUAAACCAAAAUGGAUUCCUACAGGACAAUUUGCACCUACGCCACUGGGUCAAUCCAAACCAAUUGAAAAUGCACGUCAUGAAGCUUAUCAAAUGCGUAUGCAAAAUAAAAAUUAUAGUACCAGUUCAACGGAAAAUGCAUCAUUAAAUCCAGUGCUUGAGAUGAUGCUUCGUCCUGAGGGUAAGGGUAAUACAAACAAACGCAAAACCGAUGAAUUAGUAGAAGAUGAUACAGACGAAGAAGAAGUAGUACAUGAUGAAGUUAGACUUUGGGAAGAUGGUUUUAAGGAUCGUUAUUACGAAUCUAAAUUUGAUGUAUGUUCCGACAAUCUUGCAUUUAGAAACAAUGUAGCCUUACAGUAUGUACGCGGUUUAUGUUGGGUUUUACGUUAUUAUUAUCAAGGUUGCGCCUCUUGGAAAUGGUAUUUUCCAUAUCAUUAUGCACCUUUUGCUAGUGAUUUUAUUAACAUUGGUGGACUUUCUACAGAAUUUGAAAAAGAUACUGUACCAUGUCGUCCUUUAGAACAGUUGAUGGGUGUAUUUCCAGCAGCUAGUAGUAAACACGUACCAGAACCAUGGGCAAGAUUAAUGAACGAUCCAAGAUCUCCGAUUAUAGAUUUUUAUCCAGAAGAUUUCAAGAUUGAUCUCAAUGGAAAAAAAUUUGCUUGGCAAGGAGUAGCUUUACUUCCAUUCGUAGAUGAAAAAAGACUGUUUAAGGCUUUAGAGCCUUAUUAUGACAGUUUAACAGAAGCAGAAAAGAAACGAAACAUACGUGGAGAUGAUCGACUAUAUGUUGGUUUGGGAAACAGUGGAUAUGAUUUUAUAAAAAAUCUAUAUAUGAAUAAAGGGGGAUUUGACGUUGAACAUCCAGUGUAUAUAGAUGGUAUGAGAGGUAGAGUAUUGUUAGCAGAAGAUUGUAUUGGAGACGGAGCUACUUUACUUUCUCCGAUCAAUGGAUUACCAGUGAGAAAUAAUAAAGUAUAUUGUGUACGCUUCCGUGAUCCAAAAUACAAAAGUAGUUUUAUUUUCUCUACAAAAAGAUUGAAAGGUGUUAUAGAGCCGCCGAAAGUUUUGAAACCUCAAGAUUUCGAUCAAAUGAAUCGUAACAAUGGUAAUCAAUGGAGACCACAAAUUGGUUUUACACCUUCUACACGUGUGGCAUCUUUAAGUGAAGGUGGUCAUCGUAUGCUUGAUCAUCACGCAGGUUUUAAUAGAGCACUUCCGAUGUAUGGACACGUACCACCACCUGUAAAUGCGUAUCAACAACAUCGACACCAACACCACCAGCAGCACCAUCAUCAGCAGCAUCAUCAUCAGCAGCAGCAGCAACAGCAACAACAGCAACAGCAGCAAUACGGUAAGUUUGAUUUCAUUGCUUGAUAAUCAUUAACGCAUGGGCUUGGG